GAGCAGCAGAUUAUAGUUGUAUGAGUGUGAGUGACUAUUUGCAGUUUACAGUCUAGCUGCGCUCAUUUCAGUCCAUGUUUAUUUGCCUACUACAAUGCUGUAAUGCCUUUUGUAAGGAGAGGGCAUAUUAUAUAUUUUUUAUAAUACGUUUUUGGAUUGACCACAUCAAUCAUCGGCUGUUGCACCCUGACCUUUUUAAAGGGGCAAUCUGGGAUUGGGAUACAUCCUGCUGGAACACGGACAUUCUGGAUGAGUAGUGAGCAGUGAUGAGUGACAGGGAGGCAGCCCAGGCCCAUGUCCUUCUGUCAUCACAGGGCCACCAGACAGCCCUCCACCGAGCAGCCAUGGUGGGGAACAGUGAUAUCAUAGACGGACUCAUCAAGGGAGGCUGCGCUCUAGACCUGCAGGACAAGGACGGCAACACGGCGCUCCAUGAGGUCUCAUGGCAUGGCUUCUGUCAGUCAGUCAAACUGUUGGUCAAGGCUGGGGCUGACGUUCACGCCAGGAACAAGGCAGGAAACACAGCUCUCCACCUGGCCUGUCAGAACGCCAAUGCUCAGAGCGCCCACGUGCUGCUGCUGGGAGGCUCCAGACCAGACAUCAAGAACAAUGUGGGGGACACCUGUUUGCAUGUGGCAGCACGUUACAAUCACCUGGCCAUGAUCAAGAUUCUGGUGGGCGCCUUAUGCUCUGUUACGGAGAAAAACCAGGCAGGGGACACUGCUCUCCAUAUGGCAGCUGCCCUAAACCACAAGAAAACUGUUCAGCUCCUCCUGGAGGCAGGGACUGACGGCAACGCACGAAACAACGCAGGGAAGACUGCCCUGGACAAGGCCAGAGACUACAACCACAAAGACGUGUCUCUCCUGCUGGCCAGAGCUCCUCAGGUCAGCAUGAGAUUUAGUCGUUAGUUUUCUACUCUCCUGGGUUUUGGUCAGGUUCAAAGGGACCGGCUGAAGGCAGAACGUAGAACCCAGUCUGUCACCAGAGAAGAAAUGCUGCCCAACAAGGUAAAGGCUGUCUGGGGUAAAAUUAGUGGGUACAUGGCUGAGGCGUCUCACAGUAGUGAGCGUCUGGCCAGCAGGGCCGGCCUCAACAGAGCAGGGCUGCCUCACCAUCAUCACCACCGCCUUCACUACAGUAAAACAUCAGUCACCCCAACCAGCCCUUACCACAGAAGGAGAAGACAUAAGCUUUUCAAAGAACAGGCCUUGGCGGAGGAUACUCCUAGAAGAAGAAUGAAUGGCCAUCCCGACCUCCACAGGAAGAGCAGACUGUGUACAUAUGAUGAAGCCCUUCCUCACAACGGCAAAACCUAUCAGCUAUACACCCUGUACCGCGACAAGGACGGCAAUGUCAAACAGGCCCCAGCCAAUGGCUGCCACUGUAAGCCCCUGAUCAAGAGGCUAGAGGGAGAACUGAACACCACUAAAGAGGAGAUGAGGACACAGAUGCUGACGGUUCAGGAGCAAGUCUAUACUAGGCUUGGGAGGAUGGACCGCAAGAGCAUACACCAGAUCAAAGUGCUGGACAUGCUGACCCAGGAGAGGGUGGCAGCAGAGAGGAUGGAGUGUCUCUACAGGAUGGACCAGAGAGCUGCCCAGGGCAGAGAGGAGGCACAGAGGAGACAGCAGGCAGCAGCGACCCAGGAGUUGAAGAGGUGGUGCAUGACUCAGAUCCAGGAUAUGGACCUCCACCUCCCAGCCGACCCCCAGUACUACAAGCUGCUCCCCUCUCCGUCUGUGGGGGACGAUGGAGACUCAGAGUGCCUCCCCCUGCUCUCUGUCUUCUCUGGGGACAGCAGCAGCUCUCUGGCUACCUACGUCAACCUGCUGCCAUGCCCCUCACCCUCAACCACCCACAAUGCACCACACAGUCCGGCGAUGGAGCAGGGCCAGGGCCAGGGUCAAGGGUCGGGCAGGAAGUACUUUGAGCUGAAGCUGGACAGAUCACCAGAUAACUACCAGAACACUACUCUUCUCCCUCUGCCUGCUCACCACCAUCACCCAGGAAUCCUUCUGAGCUCUACCGCCCCCCGGUGUCAGCAUCCAGAACGGCUCGACAAUCACAUUCCGGGGCUGAUCUGGGAGGGCUGCUCCAGCAGUGUCAGCAGCAGCCAGUCCCCCGCCAGCAACUGGAAGCAGGGCCGGGGCCAGGACAGUCAUGGCUGGCACCACAGAAAGCACCUCCGGGACCGGAUCAGGACGCGCGGCCUGAUGAGACCACCCAGUGUCGGGACCAGGACCCUGGAGUUCUUCAUGGACAGACCCCCUGAGCCCACAUUCAGUCAGGAGAGAAACAACCUACACGCCAUGGAGGUGACCCAGAGGUUCUUUGAGACAGUGUCCACUCAGCUGGAGUGCUGGUAUGAGAGGAAGAUCCAGGAUGCCAAGCGGCAGGCAGAGCUCAGGGCACAGCAGGACAGGGCCGAACUCCUGCAGCGAAUUAGAAGCCUGGAGGAGGAGCUUGAACAGCUCAGGAUGACCAAUGGGAGCACAGACAGUUGAUGCCAACUGGGCUGACAUGAGUUUGAGCAGAGGAAGAGGCGAAGCGAGAGGGUUUACUCUGCCCAAAAUCUGUCCACGAAAAUAAGACCACAAAGUGAGGAAUUUUUUAUGGAGGACAAUGAGUCGAAUUUGGUUAAGAAAAACUUGAAUUGCUUACUUGAUCAAAUAAAAGCAUGUGGCAUUUCGCCAACUUAAAAAAAUAC